AUGUUUGAUUCGAUUGCUUCUGCUGCGCUUGUUGCGCUGCUUGCGGUCCCAGCUCGGGCACAAUGGACGUUGACACUGGGAGGCACCACUGGUGUCUCUGCCAUGCAAAUGACUGUCGCGACUGAGACCAAUGUCGUAGUCAUUGAUAAAUAUGAGCAGAAUCCAUUGCGCGACGCCUCGGGCGAUCAUUCCUUGGGCUCGAUAUACUCGACUGAUUCGAAUACAGUGCGACCCCUGAACAUCAAAACCAACAGUUUUUGCGCUACCGGGACGUGGCUGAGCAACGGGACCUUGGUGAACGCUGGAGGAAACCCACGUGUCGACAUAGGAGGCGGCAGCUCUGCAAACGGACUUCAAGGUACGUUUACGUCCCUCUUGGUUACAGGCGGCUGCAAGCGGGCGGUGGCGAUUUGUCUCUUUUUCGUCUUGGGGAGCUCGUUUCGCAAUUGGCAGCUCAGGUCUUCUAUCAUCGCCGAUCUGUUCGCCCUGCUGCCUUUCUCGAUCAUUUGUAUUUGUCAUGGCGUUGCUCCUUUUCGGUUUAUUCGUGUUGUGAACAACCACCGACGUAUACGUAUUCCUCCAGGACUUCGACAAUUCAAUCCAUGCAACGAUGGAAAUUGUGAUAUAUACGAGAGUCCUUCGCGCAUCCGACUUACGUCCUCCCGCUGGUACCCCUCCUCGUGCCGUCUCUCUGAUGGAUCUGCUAUUAUUGUUGGUGGGGCUUAUGGAGGCGGAUGGACUAAUUUCGAUGCACUGAACAACCCGACAUAUGAGUUCUACCCCCCAAAGAAUAUUAAUGGCUUUAAUGUUUUGCUAGACACUUUACCGCACAACAUGUUUCCUCAUGUUAUUCUAUUGCCCGACAACCAGCUAUUUAUGGCUGCGAACUCUAAAGCGAUGAAAUUUAACUGGGAGACGAACACGGAGACCCGCCUCCCCGAUCUUCCUAAUAAACAAAUAACUGUUUAUCCCAUGAGCGCACCGGCUGUUCUCCUUCCCCUGACUUGGGAAAAUAACUAUAAGCCCGAGGUUGUUAUAUUUGGCGGAUCUCAGCUUGCGGAUACGGUGAAGGAGAACGAAGUCAGUUCUCAAUCCCCGACAAGUAAACAGGCAUCGAGAAUUGCACUAGAUGCAGCUGGCAUCGCGAAUGGCUGGAGUUAUGACGAAAUGCCAGAGGGCCGCGUCAUGGCCGAUGCUACUAUUCUGCCCGACGGAAAGGUAUUGAUUAUGAACGGGGCUAAGACUGGGACUGCAGGAUACGGAAAUGUUCCGGAUCAGAUUGGUCAAUCGAACGCCGACAAUCCAGCCUUCACCCCGGUCCUUUAUGACCCUGCUGCACCAGCUGGGAGCAGAUUUUCCUCCGCCGGAAUGCCCACAUCUAACAUCGCACGUCUGUAUCACUCUGUUUCGACUUUAUUACCGGAUGGUCGUGUCAUGAUCGCCGGGUCGAACCCAAAUGCCGACGUUGAAACUCGUCCGUACAAAACUGAGUAUCAAGUCGAGUAUAUCAGCCCGCCAUACAUGACCAAGACCCGCCCGACUUAUACCGGGUUGCCAGCCGCAUGGAACUAUGGCCAGAACAUAACCUUGAGCGUUACAUUGCCAGCUUCGUUGAACCCUCCUUCUAUAACCGUCUCGCUCAUGGAUCUCGGAUUCUCAACACACGGUGUACACAUGGACAUGCGCAUGAUCAAACUCAAGGCUACUCUAUCUUCCAACCGCAAGAGCCUGGUUAUUACCGGUCCUCCAAAUGCUUCCAUCUAUCCCCCGGGUCCUGCUUGGGUUUAUGUUUUGAGUAAUGGUGUUCCUUCCAAAGCUCAAAAAGUUUUGAUCGGCACUGGCGCUUCACCUCCAGUCAACCAAGGCGCUAUUGACAAUAUGCUCGCACUUACCGGUGGGCCAUAA